AUGUGCGUGUUCCCUAGGUGCCUAGGCAGCUCCAGAGUGCAGCCUGAGGGGUCUGUGGCAGCGUGGGGAUUUAAAGCAAACCUCUCUCUUCUGAGGCGGCCUGGGGAGAAGACCUAUACUCAGCGUUGCCGCUUGUUUGUCGGGAAUUUGCCUGCUGAUAUAACAGACGAAGACUUUAAAAGACUGUUCGCCAAAUAUGGGGAGCCGGGAGAGGUUUUUAUCAACAAGGGGAAAGGCUUUGGAUUCAUUAAAUUGGAAUCUAGAGCCCUUGCAGAAAUUGCGAAGGCAGAACUGGAUGAUACCCCCAUGAGGGGUCGACAGCUUCGUGUUCGGUUUGCCACACAUGCUGCUGCUCUUUCAGUGCGUAAUCUUUCACCUUAUGUGUCCAACGAGUUACUGGAGGAAGCUUUUUCCCAGUUUGGUCCAGUGGAAAGAGCUGUUGUGAUUGUAGAUGAUCGAGGUAGAUCAACAGGAAAAGGCAUUGUUGAGUUUGCAUCAAAGCCAGCUGCAAGAAAAGCAUUUGAACGGUGUACCGAAGGAGUGUUUUUGUUGACAACCACUCCUAGGCCAGUUAUUGUGGAACCAUUGGAACAACUGGAUGAUGAAGAUGGUCUUCCAGAAAAGCUUGCUCAGAAGAAUCCAAUGUAUCAAAAGGAAAGAGAGACUCCUCCCCGUUUUGCUCAGCCUGGCAGUUUUGAAUUUGAAUAUUCCCAAAGGUGGAAAUCUUUAGAUGAAAUGGAAAAACAGCAGAGAGAGCAAGUGGCAAAAAACAUGAAAGAUGCCAAGGACAAACUUGAAAGCGAAAUGGAAGAUGCUUAUCAUGAGCAUCAGGCAAACCUCUUGCGUCAAGACCUUAUGAGGCGUCAGGAAGAAUUGAGACGUAUGGAAGAACUCCAUAAUCAGGAAAUGCAGAAACGCAAGGAAAUUCAGCUGAGGCAGGAGGAGGAGCGUCGCAGGCGGGAAGAGGAAAUGAUGAUACGUCAACGGGAGAUGGAAGAACAAAUGAGAAGACAGAGGGAAGAGAAUUAUAGUAGAAUGGGUUACAUGGAUCCAAGGGAGAGAGACAUGAGAAUGGGUGGUGCCACCACAAUGAACAUGGGAGAUCCCUAUGCUUCUGCAGCCCAGAAAUUUCCACCUCUCGGAGGUGGUGGCGGCAUAGGUUAUGAAGCUAAUCCAGGAGUUGGCCAAGCAGCCAUGAGUGGUUCUAUGAUGGGAAGUGACAUGGUGAAGAUGAAAGCUGAGUGAAACCGGAGUGCUCAUCCAUGGGAAUUCAGGAGCAGAGCAUGAGCACAUCCAGCACGAUGCCCAGUGGUAUGUGGAGGGCCCAAGAUAACAAGGAACAAGUAAGUAGAUCAUGUCCUUAUGCUGCUGAAGAGCUCAGUAGCCCGUCACCCUGUGAUGUAUUGUGUAGUUCCUGCCUGAAAUUUGUAAUCUCAAUUUUAUAUAAAACUCCUGAAUCUUCCUUUUGUAGAGCCAAGAUAUAACCAUUGUUUGAGGCUUUUCAGCCCUGCAGCAUCAAAUAAACUCUGUCCUCUGAAUGCCAUAGGUGGUCAAACAAGAAAUAACCAGUUCUACAUUCAGGCUUCCGUGAUUGGGGUGGGUGAUGGUCAGCAGGAAAAAGGAACAACAGAGCAGCUGCUUCUCAAAUGUUAAUCCAGCUACAAGUUGUUUAAAAGCUACUUUUCUGAAACAGUUUAAUGAACAUUGAACUUCCGAAAUAACCUGGAAUAUAAAUUGGCACAUACGAGAGCAUGAGCAGAUCGUGGUUUAGGGAAAUGAACUAACUUGCAGAGCUGGGAUUAAUGACGUUUUCCCUCUACCACUAAAACUACAAGGGGGAACUUGGAACUAUCUAAAAUCUUAUGUGAGGAGCAACAUGCAAAGUACCUUAACUGGGGAGGGAUGGGUAAGUAGCAGCUUAGAUGUGCCACGACGGGAGCUGUAAGACGUGAAGCCAGCGAGUUCAGUGGGUGAACUGAGUCACGUGUGACUUGUCACCGCUGCUCGUUUCUGGGGUAGUAAAACACAAAGCCCUUUCCUGUCUUUGAAACGUAU